CCUUCAUUUCUUAGACCUGUUACGGACACAUGAUUUUCCGACGGAAGUCCCACCUUUACCGGUGCCCCUCACAUUCAACCGACCGCGCGUUCCACGGUGCUAUAAUCAUGAUACUACUCCGGAGCUUGAUUCUCUCAUUUCUGAGUUUUGCGGCAACCCCUACUAAGUGGAGUUGUUGGCCCCCUCCAGCCUGCGGGACAGCCUCGAGGCUCUGGAAGCGCGUGAGCGGCCAGGUUCGCCCACCUCGCUGUCUGUGCCGCGGGACGUUCUUGAACGGCACUGCCGUGUUCUCACACAACAGCGAGACGACCUCUGGGACCGUCUCCGUGCAACGUUAACCGUCGCCAGUGGGUCCGCAGAACGCAUUUCUAGUACAGGGUGUUUGGAUAUCGGUGUUGAUACCAGCUUAGAAUACUUAGAUAUUCAAUUAAAUCUGACGUCGGUCGUCUCCCAAGUAAAGCG